AUGUCACCCUAUAGACUUGUGUUUGGCAAAGCUUGUCACCUCCCUGUUGAACUAGAGCAUAAAGGUUUUUGGGCUAUCAAAAAGCUAAACAUGAAGAUUGAUGAAGCGGGUGUUCACCAAAAGUUAGAGAUUCAAGAGUUGGAGGAGAUAAGAAAUAAAGCAUUCGAGAGUUCACGCAUCUACAAAGACAAGACCAAAGCAUUCCAUGAUAAGUACCUCUUUCGUAAGACCUUUGAGAUUGGUCAAAAGGUAUUACUUUAUGACUCUCGACUUAAAUGGUUUUCCGGUAAGUUACUAUCUCGGUGGGAGGGACCAUUCAUUGUUACUAAUAUAUUCGAUCAUGGUGCAGUUGAGAUUAAGAGUAACAACACUGGAAAAGUAUUCAAAGUUAAUGGUCACAGGUUAAAGGUCUUCUAUAAAGGUUUACAAGAGAAAGACAUGGAGGUUGAUAGCUUGGAACGCCCGGACUACAUUGAGUGA